UUUUCCUGGCAAUUAACAUGUCAUUCGACCAAUCAAUUUCGUCAUAUUUUUUCAUGAAACACCAGAACGGAGCUAAAUUCAAGUGAAAAUGCGGGAUGCCGCAUCCGAAACCCGCCUAUUACAGCAGAAAUUAUCCAACAUAACUUCUCAUCCAUUCGUCAAUUUUUUCCUGGAACUAUGCAAGAGCAGGGAUGGUCUCGACCUGAAAGAUUUGGCCAAGAAAGCCGGGAGAUUGUGGCAGGAGAUGGACGUCAGCGAGAAGGUUCCUUACUAUAGGCUGGCUAGGAAAGUGAAAAAAAUUGGGAAAUCGAAGAAAGGUCUAGAUGUCCCUAGGAAUAAAAGAAGAAGAAUUCGACCUAGAAGAAAACCCGUUAUCUCACCAGCAGAGCACAGAAAAAUUCUGACAGGCAAAAGGGCAUUUUCUCAAGACAUUAAAGGAGUUGCUGGCCCUUCUGAGGAAGUCAAGAAUGGAUCUGGGAAUGGUAGUAGUACCGAUUGUAAUUCUGUAGAAAAAUAUUGUUUGGACGUUCUAAAGAGAAGGCAGUCACAUUCUAGCACCUAUGAAAGUGAUUGAGACGUUGUCCUUUGUUUUUUACGUACAGAAACUUAUUGAGUAUAUUGUGUUCUUGAAUAAACAUUUUAUUUGAAGACGA